GUUUAUCCUUUUCAGCGGAUUUUUAAACUCCUAAUUUCCGCAUGAGGGUUAAACAGAGGAUAAAGCACUCUCCUUUCAGUGAAUGGAGGUAUAAAGUUGCAUAUAUUUCAUCAUAUGCAGCUUUUGUUUUCCUUCUUGUAUCUUUUGUUACUCCUUAUUGGUUACAGUCGUGGCCAAGAAUACACACACCUUUUGUCCGUUUAGGAUUGUGGGAAUUUUGCGUUAAUGGAUUUGUACAGCGUCUAGAUCCAAAUAUGAUAUCAUAUUACGGUUGCUGGUGGAUUCUUUCUCCAUAUUUUCGGAAAAUAUAUACGGAUUUGGUUCCAUGUAUGUUUCUUAUCAUCUAAGUUCCAUUGGACGAUUGAAUUACUUGUAGUUUGGUUUCUGAUCAUACAAGUUCUGGUAACGAUAUCCCUUUGUCUGGAAGCCAUCGCAGUGGUUACUUUGAUUGCAUAUAUGUGCAAAAGAAUCAGGCAUGUGGAACGCAAAACAUUCUUCUUAUCAUUGAUCACAUUUUGCCACUCAUCGUCAUCCAUUUUACUGACUAUCGCUGUAAUUAUAUUCGGUGUUAAUUAUCAAACCGAGACAUGGAUGCCAUAUCCAAUAUUGAAUUGGCCAUCUUGGUCGUAUGGAUUCGCCAUCCUGUCUGCAUUCACUUCACUACUUGCAGCCAUCUCAUUCGGUUUAAUCUGUCGUGAACUGCGUCGUGAUAUUGAAAAUUGGGUAUUAGAAUUUCCAAUGAGUACUAAAGUGAAAACACGUCGUCGUUGGAAGUUAAUUAAAAGUCAUUGGCCUGAAGAAGUUGUCCCUGUGUCUACAAUGGCAUUAGAUGACAAUAAAUCAAUAAAAAGUCAUCCAUUCAGUGAUCAACAUAGUCAACUACAAUCAAAUCUAGAUGUACCCCCACCAUCGAUUGAGAAAUUCAGUGAUUACAGUUAUAGUGAAAGUACUGGUGAUAACUUAAUUCAUAAUAGUAGACAACAUAUAAAAGACUAUCGUCAGAAUGAUGAUCGUCAAGACUCAGAAAUAUAAGUAGUAUUUGUUGUGUGCUGUAAAAAAAAAGUUGAAGAAUUUUUAAUAAAAGUAAAAACUUCUUUAUUAAUUUAGUAUUUGAAUGUAUUGAAAAUAAUUUUCUGUCAC